AACAUGACUACAAAUUUAUUAACAAAAAGUCAACCAAUUAAUAUAACCGAUGAUUUUCCCGGAUAUCCAAUACAAUCGUUUAAUAUAAGUCCACAUUUUGGCCAAUAUUUGGAACGGGUUCUCAUACCGGGCGGUCUAAUACAGGACAGAAUCGAAAGACUUGCCUGCGAUGUGGCCAUAGAUAUGGGCGACCAGUCGUUCACUGCUGUCUGUGUACUCAAAGGCGGUCACCAAUUCUUCAGUCAACUGUUGGAUCAAAUCAAACAGUUCUAUCGGUACAGAUAUGCCUCUACCACCACAACCACUAACAAUGGACAGUCGGCUCAUCUCAUUGAUCAACGCAUCGGUGUUGAGUUCAUACGAGUGAAGAGCUAUGAAAACGACAGUUCAACUCAAGACAUUAGGAUUACAGGUAUCGAGUCGUUGGAUGCACUUAGAGGACAGAAUAUACUGAUCGUUGAGGACAUCAUCGAUACGGGAAAGACAAUGCAAUCGCUGCUAAAAUUGUUAGACGACUACCAAUUGAAAUCGUGUCGUGUAAUCAGUUUGUUUGUUAAACGUACGCCACUAAGCAAUGGCUAUCGACCCGAUUAUAUCGGUUUUGAAAUACCAAACAGUUUUAUUGUUGGCUAUAAUAUGGACUAUAAUGAACGAUUCCGUGAGCUAAAUCACGUAUGCCUAAUGUCUGAGACGGGUAAACAACAGUAUAGAUCAUUGACGACAACAACAAAAAUAUGA